AUGUCUGACUGUGAUAUGGUGGAGAUUCCUUUAAUUUGGCAUCAGUUCCUUCCAGAGGCUGCAAAGGACCAUGAGAUUGCAUGCAAGAAACACGAAGCGGCCCUGCGCAAGCAUGAUGACGCAGCCCGGAAGCACGAAUCAGAGCUGCAAACCCUUGGGACCCAGGUCGCGGACUCCAACAUCGAUCCAAGACAGCGUACAAAACUCGACAAGAAAAUCAAAGAUCUAGUGGCGAAGUCCCCGAAGCCUCCAUCAAAACCGACGCCGCGCAUGCAGGACGCAGAGGUUCCGCUCAUGCUGUCUCUCGCUGGGGCACUGAAGCUCCUCCUCGGUGGCUCGACAACGGAGGAGCAACGCCAGCGUGGGGCAUGUCUACUCUUUGCAUAUUUGCAGGAUUUCAAGCGUAUAUAUGGGGUAGAUGCAAUGGUGCCGAACCAUCACUACGCCACGCACAUCCCGGCACAGCUUGAAGAGUACGGCACCGUGUACGAAAUCUGGGCGUUUCUGGCAGAGCGACUCAACAAAACACUGAAAAGCACGAAUCAAAACAACCGGCGCGGAGGCCAACAAGAGGUUACGAUGAUGCGGGAAUUCGAUCGGCACAUGCAAGUUCGGGCUAUUGUGGAUCAUGUGUCGAAUCUCGCACCAGAUGGUACACUUGCGGUCGAUGUCUCGCGCACAAUCACCCAACGCUUUUUGCACGAGUCGCGCGAGGCUCGCGGAACUGUGGAGGCCACCGGAACGGCCGGUCAAGAUCGUGAACGGAGGGUCCAAGAUGACGCGUGUCUUUCCACCCUGGUUGGGCUUGGUAUCCAAUCAGCGCGAGCCUUCAAUCUCGAUAUUCCACUAUGCAACGGGGUCCUUGAUUGGUAUAGGCAACAGCAACGCAACGUGCCCGCAGGUGAACAGGCAUCUCUCUACCAUGCUCAUGAUCGCCACGCACCCUCUGGUGCGACAUUUUUAGACCCAACGGCCCGUACACUUAGUUACGUGGUUCUCAAUGGCCGGCGUAUCACGCCGAAGACUUCUUCAGGUAUAGUAAAGGUGUCACUGGACGGCCACCCUUACUUGGCAGGCGACGUCGUGCAGUUUUUCCUCCAUCAGCAACCAGGCUUUUCAUCUCCGGCUAUAUUUGCGGAGAUGAUGUGGCUUGUCCCUCAAAACAUCGCCCAAGUGGCAAAUAAUCCAUGGCACGAGUUGUGA